UGGAUUUAUAAGUCCGUGUAAACAAACAGGUAGGAACUCGGGAUUUAUGAGUCCCUGUAAACAAACUGUAAAUAAACAGGUAGGGACUUAUGACUUAUAAGUUAACACUUGAAAAAGUUUUAGGACUUAUGAAACAAACAGGGCCUAAAUUUCAGUUCCCAUUUCUUCACAAAAAAUUCAGGCGGCGGGACGAAUUCGUCCGCCGGUGUCGCAGCAAUGGUGCCGUCGCUGUGCUGUGCUGUGCAGCAACGAGCGGCAGGAGAGGGCAGCGUGGGCGGUGUCGUCCCGUCCCGUCCCACAAGGCUCGCAUGUUACCCUCACGCCGUCAAUCGUCAUCGACUGGCCACAAAAGGGAAGCUGGCGGAGGCGAGCACGCGCACCGUGACUCGGCCGGAAUAGAAAACCCCACUCCCGAUCCCACCCGCGGAUUCCCCGAGCCUCACCCCGCCUCGCCCAAUUCCGCCAGCCAGCCCAACGCUCUCUGCUCUCCAGGCCCGAAUGGCGGCGGAGGCCCGGGCCGAGGGCUCCGGGCCGCCCGCGCCGCCUCCGCUGCCCGUCCCCGAGAAGCGCCCGGCCCCGGUAGACGGCCGGGAGGAGGAGCGGCCCGGGGCGAAGCGGCGCCGCGCGAGCGUCGCCGCGCUCGACGACGUGCCCUGUGCCGCGGCCAAGGGCGGGGACGGCGAGGCGGACGGGAACCGGGACGGCGGCUCGUCCUUCUCCUUUCAGCACGCGCCCGGCGGUUUCGUGGCGCUGGAGAGGACGCCCAAGUUUGGGUCGUUCAACCCGCCGGUGGCCGCCGAGCAGGAGGCCCUCGGCCCGGAAGAUUCACCGGCUGUGAAGGAGGAGGAGGUGGAGGAGGAUACGGCCUCGGCCACCGGAGUCGAGGAUGGCAAAGACGGGAGUUCACAGUCAGUGGCGGCGGUGGACGAUCGGGGCCGUCGCCAUCCGGCAAGACAAACUGAAUCGGAAUCGGAACGAUGACUUUGCUUGGAGUUGGAGUGAUCAUGUGAUGGUUGCAGUUGAACGGGAUCUAUGCCAAAGCUUUGUUUUUCUCAUGGAAUGGAAGAUUUGAAGUCAACGUUGAUUCCUCUUA